AUGCUUGCUGAGUUCAGACACGUUAUAUGCUUUGGAGACGUGAACGAGCGCAGUGUCUCAUACCGCCUGGAUUCCGGAGUCAACGAAACUGCUGAUUCCUUUCGUUUCUCCGUUGAAGACAAAGGAGGGAACAGCCUUCGAGCGCAGGAAUUCGAGCUGAACUGGUCCUGGAUUAGCCUGGAGGAGGAGGUGUACGAGGCCAACGAGACGGACAAGGUCGUGCUCGUCCACCUUCGGCGUCGUGGGUUCCUGGGCGAGACCUCCUUCGUCACCAUGGCACUCCAAAACGGCACAGCCCAGACAGACGAGGACCUCCACCCCUCCUACGCCCACCAGGUCCAGUUCAACCCCGGCCAGGAGGAGGCUCUCUGGCGUCUCAGGCUCCAGGACGACGGACUCUACGAAGGCCCCGAGAGUCUUAGCUUGAGACUCACGCUUCCGGUUAUGACUGCUGUCGAGGACCCGGCUGAGGCUCUUAUCGUUAUCAGCGACGAGGAAGAUGUGAGCCGUGUAUCAUUCGGAGUGUCUUCCUUGACCGUGGAGGAGGACGUCGGGGAAUUAAAGGUCGACCUCGUACGAAGCGGCGAUCUCUCGAGGGAACUGACGGUGGCUUGUGUGACAGUUUCUCCUUCAAGUGAGGACAGUGCCACAGGAACAGUGCCAACCUCAGUCCUCUCGUAUUCUGACUAUAUCACCCGGCCCGACGAUCCGACUUCCAUGGUCACGUUCGGCCGAGGUGAGAGUCACGCAGUCUGCCCCGUUAUCGUGAUUGAUGACUCGUUGCAAGAGACCGCUGAGUCAUUCUCUUUGGUCCUGCGGUCUCCUAUGGGCGGGAACCUCGGUGACGUCAUCAAUCUCACCGUCACUAUUAUGCCCGAUGCUAAUGAUGUGCCGCUCAUAUUCUUCGGAGAAUCGACAUACAACGUCGACGAAUCAGCUGGGUCAUUGGAGGUCACUGUCUGGCGCACUGGCACUGACCUCUCUCGCGUGGCAUCGGUCCAGGUGGCAUCCAAGGCCCUCAACCCAACGGAGGCACAAGCCGGGUACGACUACGUGGCUGUGGGUCGUCAGGUGGACUUCCUCCCCGGGGCGACGCUGCAGACGGUACGACUCGCUAUCCUGGACGACCUUGGGGCCCCGACGCUGGAAGGGCCCGAGAGACUACAGCUUGUCCUCCGCGUCCCCGUCAACGCCUCCCUCGGGAAUCCUGCGGUCGCGAACGUCACCAUUAAUGAUUCGCGGUCGGAUUUGCCCAAGUUUGAGUUCAGUGCCAGCCAUUACUCGGGCUACGAGAGCGACGGCGAAGUUACGGCCUGGAUAUCGCGCUCCGGGGACCUCGCUCACCACGCCUCCGUCAGAUGUUUCACAAGACAGGAGACGGCAGAGGUUGGCCUGGAUUUCGACGAGAGACCAGAUACCAAUGCCUCUUUUGUUCAUUUUCAACCCGGUGAGGUGGAACGUCCUUGCAAAGUCAUCUUAGUGAACGACCACGUGCACGAGGACGACGAGACUCUCCUGCUACGCCUGGGGUCUCCUGCGUCGCCUUCUGCCGGAGGGGCUCUGCUGGGGGCGCGAAACACUUCCUCUGUCACCAUCAAGGACAAGGCCGAUCGCUCGACGAUCUACCUGGAGGAGACGCGAGUGAGUGUCGAGGAACCCCCAGAAGCAGGGGAACAAAGGACAGUGCGCUUGGGCGUGGCGAGGGGCGGCGACACCUCCUCCACCGUCGCCGUCAGAGUGCACACUAAGGACGGGUCAGCGGUUUCAGGAGCGGAUUACUUCGGCUUUAGUAAAGAGCUGGUGUUCGCCCCCAACGCGUCCCGUCAGGAGGUGGAGUUGGUGGUCCUCGGCGACGGAGUCAAGGAACACCGAGAGGCCUUCACGGUCCACCUCAAGUCCGACCUCGGCUCCGCGUCCAAGGUGGAGGUCGUUACUUCAAAGGCCAUUAUUUAUAUUGAAGAAAUGAACGUCGUAGCAGAUGUGACUUUCCCAGCACCCCCUGUGGUCGUUUCUCUGCGCGACUACGACAUACCAUUCGCUGCCCCACUACCUGUGCCCGGAUACCCCGUUGUCUGCGUUACGGCGUGUGACAGCAAGCACCCAGACUUCGAGGUGACGGGGCCCUUGUGCGCUCGUCAGGGAAUCAACCAGACUCUCUCCUCCUUCAGGUGGCGAGUGGCCGCUCCUUCAGGAUACGAUGGCGUUAGCAAGGAUCUGAAGGACGUCUCUUCUGAUACGUUUUUCACCAGCACUCACAGCAUAACGUUAGACAGCGUGUAUUUCUCCACUGGAAGCCGCGUGCAGUGCGUAGCCCGCGCGUACUCCGUGGACGGCGACGCAGGCUUGGAACUGGCCUCGGCGCCCACUAGCAUAGCGCGGGAGGGGGGGCUGUGUCCUCCUAGGUACGAGGGCACGUUCGGCGCCGAUCCCUUCACGGCAAAGCUGCACUACACAGGACCUGACGACGAGGACCUCCCCAACCUGGUCCGCGUCGAGGUGGUGAUUCCGCACAGGGACGGCAUGAUCCCCGUCCUCUCGACACGCGCCCUCACCAACUUCGAACUCACGCUCUCCAGGGACGGCAUCAGGAUAGGGAAUCACCGCUGCUCCAAUCUGCUGGAUUUCCAUGAGGUGCGGACCGAGCAUGGAUUUUUGACCAACGAGACUCGAAGUUCCCGACUGGUGGAUGAAGUUGAACCUUACCAAUAUUCUUCUGAUCUCCGAAGUCCUGCAACGUUGAGAUUCUACCGCGCCCUGGACCUGGAAUCCUGCCUGUGGCGCUGGGUCGGUCACUUCACCAUGUCCGAAUUAGUGACGCAGUGCGGGGGCGUCACCACGACCGACGGGCAGGUUCUAGACGUCGUGCAGAGUUACGUCAGCGUCGUCGUUCCUCUCUACGUCUCCUACAUCUUCCAUUCUCCCGUGGCGACCGGAGGCUGGCAGCACACCGAUCUCACGACGCAUCUCAGGCUGAGCUUUGUCUACGACACCUCUAUCCUCUGGCACCAGGGAAUAGGAGCCCCCGCCACCAGUGAGCUCGACGGACACCUAUAUCCUACGGCCAUGAGGAUAAGGGAGGACGGGCGUCUCGUGGUGUCCUUCCGCACCGAAGCGAGAUUCCGCGGAAUUUUCGUGAAGACGCACCAGGCCGUGACCCAGCGGAGUUCCGUGACCUCUGAGGAACACCCUGACCUGACCUUCACCCUCGACCUGCUGAGAUCACAGCCGACAUACGCACAGCCGGAACAGCAGUGGCAGUUUGUGUCCGAUUUCGCGGUACGCGACUACAGUGGUCGUUACAAGGUCCUCCUCCUUCCCUGCACAGUGACGGAGGACGUGGCUUACUCACUGCCUCUUCUGUGUAAUCCGCGGGAAGCCGUUGAGUUCGAUCUGCAGGUACGUUUCCAACAGGUAUCCGAUCCAGUACCUGAAGAAUUCACACUUAGCACUAUCUUCCACCUGAUGCGCAGAAGGGAGCUCUGGCUGUCGGAUCUCACGACUGACUUCGAUACUGAAUCUGACGUCUCUUUUUAUCCUGGCGAGCGCAUCUACGGUCGCGUGAUGAUCAACCCCGUGCAAGCGCUGGGCGUCGGCUUCCACGUGACUCUGGAAAAGUGUUUCAUCUGCACGGGCGUGGACGGGUACGUGCCGAAGUACAACCCGGCCAGCGAUGAGUACGGCUGCGUGGCGGACUCCCCUAACCUCCUCCACAACUUCAAGAUCAUUGACAAAGGAGCGCCAGACUCAGUAAAAUUCGAAUACCAAGGGAAGGCCUUUAAUGCUCGCCUCGCUGUUGAAGACGGUGAGCCUGACGUCAUCGCCCUCCUGAACCAACCCGGUGCUGAUGGUUUUUCUCUGGAUUCAACGCCACUGUUCGAGAGUGUUUGGUACUGA